AUGUCAUUAACAGUUUAUCUCGGUCAUCAGAAAGGAGUAGAUAUAACUGUUUUGAUAGAAAUUCAAAAAUACUUCCAAGAUUAUCAAAAAGAAAUGGAUUAUGAUUCUAAUAGAAAUUUAAUAAGAAUUAAACUAUAUGUCACCAAAAAUGUUAAAAUUAUACUUACGGAAUUUUGUUCUAAUAAUCGUUCAAAUGAAAAAGAAAGAAUUGAUUCUAAUUGUUCGGCUAUUAAUUUGAAUAGACUUUCAAACAAACAGAGAACAAAAUUAAAUAUGAAAUUUUUCAAAGGUGUAAUAGUAUUUACUGAAAAUGAUAUUAUGGAUCCUG